AUUUUGACACCUAGCUGACAAACAUGUUGUUUUUGCAUGUGAGUCUACCCCUGUGCGUGAUUGCUGUUUUAGUGUCUGUUAACGCUGCUUUCAAAUGUCCAGCACAAAAUCAAUCAGCGGAACUGAGGUUUACUGUAGAACUUGGUAGCAAAUACUAUGUUAUAAUUAAUCAUGGUGUUGAUAUACCAUGCUGUGCUGAAGGUUAUGAAAAAAUCGCAUGGUACAAGGAAGUCAAUGGAAAUUUGCAGCCUGUGCCAUCAGAAUCAGAAGUACUGCAGGAUGGACAGGUACUCCAGUUUCCUGAUAUUCAAGACACUGAUGCUGCAACAUACAGAUGCCAUGUUGUUGGACAAUCAAAAAGUAUCUAUCUAUAUACACAAAUAGUUGUUGAUUAA